GGAUUAACACUCCUCCUUCAGUUACAUCAGGUUAUUGCACUUUUUUCCUGCUACUUUAAUUUCCCUUCUUCUUGUUUUUUUUUUUUGUUUGUUUGUUUUUUAAACUUGAAAACAUUUUUACUAGCCAUAAUUGCCUUACAGUAACUGGAGUGGAAUGUGGCAACACAUCAUGCAGCAGGCCUGGCCUUGGGACUGAGCCUGUGCCAGCCAACGAAUGAAGCAUCUUCCACAGGAGUAAGAGGAGCAAGGGAAGCGAAGUGAGGAGCAGCCGGGCCAAAAUCUUGCCUGCUGUGGCAGAGUCUGGGGCUCUGGACUAGUCCUCCUCAUGCCACUUGUAAAUAACAAAGUGGGCGAUGAUUGCACAGUCGGCACAGACCAGGCUUUGACUGAUGGAAAGGCUCUGGUGGAUUCUUUGAUAAAGGUGGUGGCAUGUUACCGACAUUUGGCCUCAUGUGUUGGAGGCUGCACAGACAGCUUACAGCUGCGGGAUGAGCUGAGACAGACUCGGGACAAGGCACAGAAGCUGGCUGCAGCCAACUGUCAUCAUCUGACAUCACAUCUGCGUGACAAGAGCCUGCCUGAAGAACAGCGCAAGGAGAUGGAGCUCCUGUGGGUGGCCUUCUCUUCUAGCUUGGAACUCCUCCAUGCUGACAUGUGCAAAGUCUUUAACAUGGGCGAUAUCUUCUCUCUGGCCAACUCUGCUGUCUUUGUGCAGACUGGCAUACAAGGAGGUGGCAGUGAGGUGGCGGCUCGGGCACUCAGUAUGCCAGAUCUGAACCAGGCACAGAGUCCAGUGCUCCCUGAAGGCCUGGAGACACAGGAACGCAGCACGAUGGAGCAGGAGAUUAGCCAGGUGGACCACAUGAUCACCGACAUGGAGAUGAAGGUGAAUGUGCUGCGCUGGAUGGUGGAGUCCCGCGGACCGCAGUACGCUGAGCCACUCAAUAGCACCGACAGCGCCUCCCUGGCUCUGCUGUCCAUGGACGAGGAGCAGCCAGGAGCAGAACAUGAGGCUGCACGCCACCACAGCCAGAUGCUCAUGAUGCUACUCCUGCUGGCUGUCAUCCUGCUGGCAGCCGCUCUGUCUGUCAGUGUUGUCAUCUUCUCCUGAGAAGAACCUGCACACACAUUCAGCUCAUUUUUUAAAUUCUUUUUAUUGUUUUGUGAAAGUCAUGGGGUGGAUUCCAAGACAGGGAAGACUUGUCAUAGACUGUAAAAACUUCACUUUCUGGGUUGUGGGUUGAAACAGUUCUAGAUUUAUCUUAAUCUAGAUUUAAUGAUGAACUGCUUAUCCAGGUCAGAGAUUAGUGUCACUCCUGAAGUAAAUGAAUUUUUUAAUUGAAAAUCCAAAAGCAGGUUUUUCUACAUCCCGUCCAGGUUUUAUGAGCAUCAUCAGGUGUUGAAAUUAAGUAAUUCACAACCUUUUUAUAUAAAUAAAUAACAAUUUUUCUCACCAAUGGUAGCACCCAUCCAAGAAAAAACGUUAAUCUGCUGCAUUAUCAUUUUAAGUCUGAAGCUGAGAUUUGUUCUGAAAAGACACUUUUUAGGCCAUGAUUAGCUAUUCCAGAAUAAGGCCUAGUCUUGUCAUGAUUAAGACCCUGUCCUGGAAACUGCCCUGUACUGUAUGUUUAGAAACAGUGUAAAAAAAAAAAAAAAAAAGAAAAGAAAGAAAGAAAGAAAAUGAAAAAAAAGACAAUAGAAGGCUAAUUUGAAGUCAUUUCUAUCUUGUAUCUAGGCUUGUCAACUUUAUUUCAGUGUUUUAAGUCAAUUUAUUUAACCUUUUUUCAAGAAAUAAAACACAGAAUUUCAAAAGAAUUUCCAAAAUUCUUAAAAUCAGAGUAGUAAGUUAUUUGAGAGAAACACAAUGGAAGAAGUCUAGAUACAAAAUUAGCUUGUCUUUUUUUCCUCCAAUGAAUCCGAAGCUGCCAUAAACUCUACCAUACCUUUGUUAAAUAAUGCUAUAUAACCUUGUUUUCAUGACUAUUGUCCAAAUGUGGCAGCUGGUUGAUUUUAAUAACCUUUGGAGAAUUAUACAUACAAAAUAUAAAUAAAAUACAUUUUCCUAUUUUAUUAUAUACUACCUUAACCCAUAACUGUAAGAAACCAUUUCGUGUAAAUACAAAAUAACCUAUUAUGUUUAUAGUAUUGUCAGAAUGGCACAGUUAACAUUUAUUUAUUUAUUUAUUUAUUUAUUUAUUUGUUUGUUUGUUUGUUUGUUCGUUCGUGUUUUUUGCCACUUUGGAGACAUAGGUGCUAAUGCUUUUUAGCUGUGCAUCUAUAUACUGGAAGAAGCAGAAUUUUCUCUUGCAAAGACUGAUUUUAUCUGUGUGUAUUUUUGUGUAUUUUGGGGUAUUUGUUUUACUUCAGUGUAUAUUCUGUACACUGUAGACCAGGGGUAUUGAAUUUAGGAGGUCCAGUUACUCAAAGUUCCUUCUCUGCAAAGUUCAAUGCCAUAAUAUCUAACUAUUCUUGUGAUUUGUAGGCCUAUAUAGCUAGGUGUAUAGGUGUGUGUGUAUAUAACUAUAAAACAUAAUAAAGUACAGUUCAAAAAUAAGUAGGCCUACCUGCAGCCAUUCUCACAUUAGAGACAUUGUAAAAGUAGGAUAAAAUAAAUAAGCAGGCCUACUCACAAAUAAAAGUAUCAAAAUGACUUACUAUAAAACACUGCUCACUUUCGUCCUCAUCUGAACAAGAUUUUGUCUUUAUCCUGAGCAUUUAUCAAUAUUUUACCAGUAACAUGAAGCACCUGUUGCAAAAUUGAGGUAAUAUAAGGCAUUAAAAAAACAAAGUGAUGAUUUUGAACAAAUACAAAUUUAUCUUUAACACAUCUUUGGCAUUUUUCAUUUUCGUUUGCUUUUCUCUCUCACAGAAUACAGGCACCUCCUUCUAUACUGGAUUACAGAUUAAUGUACUGUACUGCUUGCCGAGAUUGUUUUAAAUAAUGCACAGGAUUAUGACAUGGAGAUACAGUAGCCACAACAAACCACACCACUGAGGCACUGUUUGUGAGCUGUUUUGUGGUCCAGAUGUAACCAUUACUGGGUCCAGACCUGGACCGGAGUCUAAUUGGUGACGCCUGCUCUGCAUCAUCUCUCUGAGAUGAAGUUAGUAACCAUGUCACUGAGCAGUUUUUUCUGUUUUUUGUUGACCAGCAGCAUGUUCACUGCUGGAAGGAGAAUUCAGGGUUUUCAUGUGUGGCCUGUGCCCCACUACUGGUGGACUGUGAAGGUAUUGCAAGUGGUCCGUGACCAUGCGUUCAAUAAUAGGUUUGAAUGCUGGAAGCAAUAUUUUUUACAUUUCAUUUCCAUUUAUUAAUUCUUGUGUGCGAACAAUCAAAUUCAUUCAAAUAUAUAAAAAAGUGUAUGCAAAUAUAUUAUAAAGAAAAGUAAAGGCGACUUCACUGGGUGACAAUUUUGUAUAGCGCCCAUCCAGUCUGCAAUUUUUUUCCCAGGAUGGUGAAGUAAUUGUUUAAAAUUUUCAGUGGUCAUUUUAGCUUAUUGGUUAAGGUUAGGAUUGGGCAAAAGUUAGUUAUGAUAAAGAUUAGGGAAAGGCUGUAGAGACUGAAUGUAUGUCAGUUAGGUCAUGCCUUCACCAUCCAAGGAAAAAUGUUGCAUCCAAUCCUUGGUUGCCUCUGAUGCCCAAAAUAUUAGAUUACUGACUAGCAUCUAAAAAUAGCUAACUGGUUAUGCAAAUGAAAAACAAAUGAAAUUUUUUUUUUCUUGGUGUCUGUGAAAAGUAAGUGUGAAUUAUUGUCUGAUGGGUGACCUUGAAUUUGGAGUGGGCCACUGCUAUGCUGUACGCUACCCCCCAAACCCCACCCCACGCCAUUCCCAACAACAGCAGACCCCGGGUUGCUUCUUAGUCAGAAUGGUCCCUUGGUAACAAUCAAUUGAAAACCCCUAGCCUAAAGCAGUGGGAUGUGUGCAGAAUUAAAAUGGCAUAAAACACUACUACUACUGUUACUACAACUACUAGGUGACUAAUAAUUAAACAAUUUUUCUUAAGUGCUUUCAGACAAUGAAAUUUUGGAAAAUAAAAGCCAAUAGGCCUAUGGUAAAUGACAAAAUGCCUAUCCUUAAAAACAGGGAUACAGAUGAAUAAAAUGGUAAAAACAAUGGGAUAAUGAGGUGAUACAUUUUCUGUGACACUCCAUAAGACUUGCAUGUAUGGCUCAAAGGUUUGUAAAAUAGACAAAAUUGUGUUGCUAACAUGUUUAACUUAACUUUACAAAAAAAAAAAAAAAAAAAAAAAAAAAAAGCUUAAAGGAUUAUGUUGACUUUAUGAGGGAGUUUGGUGUACAGGCUCUAAAAUCAUCUGUUCUGUGUCCAGCAGAUACAUAUUAACACAUUUGUAUACAGUAUAUCAGUUCAUGGUAAACAACUAGUAUGCAAACUAGUAUCCAAAGUAUGAAGAUGAACCUUUUAGCAGUUCAAAGUGGGUAUUUUUUUCUAUGGCCUCUGGAGUCAGAACUUUUGAAAACAAAAUCUUUGUCUUGGUCAUUAGCGGCAUCUGUUUCAAGCUAACACUGCAGAACUACAGCUGACAAGUUGUCUAAGAGCCUGGCAAAACUAACAAAACAGCUGCUACAAGUUCUCAUUUGUUGUUAAUUAGGAUAAUGCUAGACACAAACAUAAGGGCUAAUCCGCGAUGAGGCAGGCUUGUAUAGAAAAAUAACGACCGACUGCUUCGGAGUGGUUUAUCCUGCUUAUUACAUGGCUUUUACAGCAGACUCCAUACUCACAUGACAGCAGUAAAAAGAAAUGGGAUUUUUUUUUUUUUUUGGAAAGAUGGAAUGCAGAAUGCUUUUAAUAGGCCAGUCAGAAGUAGCUAUUCAACAUAGCUGUGUGAUAAACUAUUUAAGGGCAGAAUGAGUAGGAUUUUCCUAUAAAAACAAUAUAUAGACAAAUAGAAAAACAAUUCCUCUCAUCAUCACUUCUGAGCUACUAUCACUGUGUGGUGUUGUGUGUGUCUGCAGAAACCCUGCCCUACACCUGGAUUUUCAUGUUUUGCUGAGCUCGGGAUCUAGCUGUUGGCCUUUGGAAGGUGGUUGUGUAGCUCCCAGCCAAAUUUUUUUCCUGGUACGGUGAGGGAAUGUUUUACAUUUUGGACUGGGAUUUCAUUCCAUCAUCAUGCUAGGAAAUGAAAACUCAAAGCCAGCAAUUAGCUUAGCUAGGGAAGAGGGGCCAGCUUUGAAUGUUGUUUACAAACUGCAACCAACAAAUUUUACUCAUUCUUCCUUUAACAUACUCAAAGUUAAAUGUCAGCAUAUGCACUGGACACAACCAUCUACUGGAGACAUACACAUGAUUUUAAUAUCAAUCCUAUCAUCAAAUAUUGGGUCAGGUGACCUUGAUGGGUCAAGCCAUUGAAAUGUUGUUGUAGUCCUUUACUGUACAGAAAGAAAGGAUGAACAGAAAGCUUCAUCUGUGAAACAUCCAGUCCCCAACAGAAGUUACAGAGACUUGUUAUUCAUAUCUGUUGAUAUGUUGGUUUAACUGAAAUGCAAGAGAGAAAUUCAAAACUGAAGCAUAAAACAGUUGAACUGUUUUUGAGGUACAACUCUCAUUUUAGAAUUAACAAAAUUAAUCAACUAUGUGCAACCUGCAAAAAGGGAGUCUGUCCUUUAAGGCAUUUUAUGUAAAUGUGUGACCUAAGAAGUUGUGACUGAUAACACUGUGGAUUACUGUGGGGUGGUUGGUUUCAUAGCCAGCAACUACACCUAAACUGACUGAAACAUUUGUUGUUAAGUUAGAUCUUAAUUCAUGUCUGGUACAAUUUACAUAUCUGUCAAUGUAUGAAAAAUGUAACCCAUCUUGAUAUGCAAAAUUUCUGUUCAACAAAUCCUGUGGUGCAAAUGUUGCAUGCGGUAUGACUAAGAAAAUUCCUUGCUAGACUGUUAAUUUGUAUUCGCUGAGCUGCUGCAAAAGUUCAGUUAAGUUCUUUUUGAGGAAUAGCAGCAUUUGACCACUGCACUGUAAAGUAUUAUUGUUUUCUAAAGAAUAAAUGCAAUGUUAAUUUCAUUUGGAAUUCUUUAAACUUGGGAUAGAGAUAGUUUUGUGGCACAUAUAUGCAUUUGUAGAAUUUCCAAAUGGCAAAACUGACACUUGUAUAAUAUAAUUCCUUAAAAAGAGUUCUUGCAGUAGAUUUAGUACUUGAAAUAAAAUGCUAAGUACACCCACA